UAUUAUGUGUGUGUUUGCAUUUAGCCAGGUUUAGGUAGUCUACUGUGUGUUUGCACAUAGCCAGUGUUUUCACCUAGUGUAUCUAUAUUUAGCUAAUUUAGAUGAAGUUUUCUGUGUGAUCGUUUUUCACAUAACCUGCUUUUGUCACUUUUUAAAGGGAUGAACUGUAAACAACACGUUUUUAUAGAUAAUGCAUGCAUGCACAUAAUGUUCAGCUGGUGUUUUGUAUCAUAUUGUGUCUGUCACGCUCAUCCUUUCUUCAGUAGAUGCUUAAUUGUUGUUAAUGUUUAUGAUGUAGCUGUCCUGGCGAUCUGUCCCUUCAACUCCUGUGCAUGGAAGCUCUAUUUUUGCUUCAUCUCUCCCUCAAACACAAGCAAUCACAUUUACUGUAUAAUAUUCAUACAGAAGCUGAAUCAAGGUAAAGCUUGGUCAGUCAGUAAUGCUAAUGGUUGCAUAACCAUUGUUGCCUAUUGUAUAGAUAGUAAGGUAGUUUGCGAUCUAUAAGCUGAUUUAUAAGACAUUUUAAUUGUCAUUCCUUAUCUUUAUUUAUUAUUUAUUUAUUUAGAUUUAGAUUUAUUUAUUUUAUCAAAUAUACCUUGUAAAUACCUGCAUACAAGGUAGACCAUCCUGCUCUCUAGCACAGUAGACACUGAGGAUGUCGAAUUAUAUAUAAGUAUGUUUGCUUUUUUUUUCGGUAGGUUUGCUUUUGGUUGGCAGCUUCAUACAUGAAGCAUUAAUUCACAUCCUUUCAAACAAUGUGGCAUUGAGGUUAACCUCAGAACCUUUAAAAGGUCUUGGCAAGUGAUGUAGUCUUGUAUUUGAAAGUGGAGGACGAUGUAAUUGAUGAAUGAAAAACACUCCACAUAUUCUACUUUGAAAGUGCUUGACCUCUUUAUGGUGAGACUUUUGCAGGCUACACUUUUUUUCCCUAACUUGGCAUUAACCAUGGAGUUUUGUUCCAUGACCUUGGUCACUAGUGGCUCACUAAUGUCCAUCUGAAUUCUCCAAAUUCACCUUUGGCUGUAAGCAUGAUACCAAAUUAUAGAGAAAAAAAAGAAACAUUUGACAGCAUUACAGUGUAAUCUAUCGCUGUGUCAUUUCACUUUCCAUGUAAAGGUAAGCUUUUUUUAGUCUUAGGAAAUGUGGGAAUACAUUUUUAUUUUUUACUUGGAUAAUAUUACAUGGCUAUAGUGCAAUAUUUAUUCAAACAUUUAUCACUGCCACAGUCUAAUCAGGCCUUAGUUUUCCCCGGUGUCAACCUGAAAUCUGCCUGGUGCCGAUUUCAAGCGCAACACUCUUUAUACAUGAUAAUGUUGACUCAAAUAGCAAUGGUGAUUUUAUUUUAUUUUUUUCGCACUUGCUAAGCAUAUCAGUACUGCACAACGGUGUCCUUCCUUCAAUCCCAGCAGCCCUCCUCAGUCUCUUUCCCACGCUGUUGCUGUCUUUAAAACCUGUAUCACUGCUGUUUACUGGUCGAGAUGUAGGAGAAACCUUUCUGUCUGCAAGAUGACAGUCGUUUAAACAAGCCCUGAAUACAGUGGCGCUGACUGGGCUGAAUAAAUAUUAGCCUCUUCAUCAGAUUUGAGUUACUAUUUAUCUGCACAAAUUCAUGCAAAAGUAAGUCCACUGCGGCAGCGCUGCUGUCUCUGGCGCUUGUGUCUUGUUCACUGCUGAUUUGCUGGGUUUUCACCUGCUGCCUUUCUCUUUUUCCUCCUCCUUUUUUCGGAUGGAUCUCGAUCUCUCUGCCAUUGUCUUUAGGAGCUUGAUGAGUUGGCGGACGACCGGAUGGCACUGGUGUCUGGAAUAAGUCUGGACCCUGAAGCUGCCAUCGGUGUGACCAAAAAACUCCCCCCGAAAUGGACAGAAGGAAUCGAUGAGAUUCAGUAUGAUAUCACACGAGUUCGGCAAAAGAUGAAAGAGUUGGCAUCACUGCACGACAAGCAUAUGAACCGUCCCACGCUGGAUGACAGCAGUGAAGAAGAGCAUGCCAUUGAAAUAACAACACAGGAGAUCACACAGAUGUUCCAUCGAUGCCAGCGAGCUGUAACCGGUUUACAAUCCCGCUGUGGCCACUGCACCGAGCAGGAGGAGAGAUUGCUGAGAAAUGUUGUGUCGUCUUUAGCGCAGAGUCUGCAGGAGCUUUCCACCAGUUUCAGACACACACAGUCCAGCUACUUAAAACGUAUGAAGAACCGGGAGGAGAGGUCGAAGCACUUUUUUGACUCUGGGCCUCUGAUGGAAGAAGAUGAGGAACUGGCCGUCUAUGACAGAGGUUUCACGGACGAUCAGCUGAUGCUGGUGGAGGAGAACACGGUGAUGGUGGAGGAGCGAGAGCGAGAGAUCCGUCAGAUUGUUCAGUCUAUAUCAGAUCUGAAUGAGAUUUUCCGAGACCUUGCAAGCAUGGUGGUGGAGCAGGGCACUGUUCUCGACAGAAUUGACUUCAAUGUGGAGCAGGCUUGUGUGAAAACUGAGGACGGCCUGAAACAGUUACAGAAGGCGGAGCAGUAUCAGAAGAAAAACCGAAAGAUGCUGGUCAUUUUGAUCCUUUUCGUCAUCAUUAUCGUUCUAAUCAUUAUUCUUUUUGGAACUAAGUUUUAGCCAGGCAUUCCAGUACAGGCUCUUUGUUCUGUUCGUGUGUGUGUGUUGUGCAGCUGUGUGGACCUGAAGAGAAGGCGUCUGCAGUUGAACAUUUGCGGAUGUUUUGGUUCGUUUUAAUCAAACUAUCGCAGCCCAGGCUGUCUGAUGUGUCGCACUCCAGGUCACAUGACUGGUGAAAGAGCUCAGCUGGAGGGAGAGAAAAGACUCUUGUGCUGUCACAGCGUGAGUUCUUGACUUGAACGUGUAAACUGUGUUGUGUGCAGAUGAUUUCUUUCUGUCUGACUGUGCAACGUCAUUUCCUCUCUUCGGUUAUGUCCUGCCUCAGUAUUUCACUCGCAACACUACAAUAGCAGUAAUGUUAACAUAUACAGUAGUAAUCACAUACCAAAAAUAGCUUCAGUUGAAGGACUCCAUGUGUUUUAUGUAUGUUAGAAUGAAACUCUUGUAACCACCGCUGUUUGCCUAUUGAGGGAGGGGGGCGGAGCUCCCUCCGGUUCGUAGUGACAGGCAAACGAAGCCUCGUGACGCAGUGUUUAAAAAUACUUAAAAAAUCAAAGCACUAGACGAUUGAGUUACCAGCUGAAGUGUUUGAUAAUUGAGACACUGGUUAAUGACGCUUCAUUUGUCACCGCUACAGUUUGUCUUGUGAUUUUAUGAAUCGCCUGUUCACACUUCAGAAAGUGCUGAUUUUAAAACUCUUGAAUUAGCUUUGCGUAAAGUGCUACCUUUCUCUUUAUUUAAAAUGCAGUUUGCACAUUUUGGAGUCAUGCUUAUGGAAGGUUGGAGGUGAUGUGAUGGAUGUAGUACUACUGGCAUCUGUAUGAUGAAAAGAGUUUAUAUUUGGGUCUGGAUCGGGACCGAACAUUUGUGGCACGUGUUUGUAGCCAUGACCAAACAAUCAUUGUCCAACACUUAACUGUGACAAAAGCCCAACACAAGCAGCAGCGAGGAGUUCUCUUUUAUUUCUGUUCCAUUCUUUUGAAGUUCUAGUCGUGAAAGCCUUGUUACCUAAAAGUCUAGUGAGCGGAAUAAGAUGAAGAUAUUUAUUUCACAUAUCUGUAAAGUUAAACUGUUGACUAAGUGUGAAAACAAUGCUUGGCUGGUGCUCCAACUGUUUCCUCCAAAAUUGAGACGAUGGCAACAUUUUUUUUUAAAUAAACCUGGAACAAGA